UUGGCAUGCAGAUAAUGAUGGAAUUCCUCUCUCGAGUCUGUUGGUAUCUCUUUCUACGCUGCCCCUCCCUGUACAGACGACUUCUUCAUGUGUAACCAACUUUUCGAGCUCCCCAAAAAAACAUAUUUGCUGCCAUGCUGCCAUGAACCUAUCAAUGCGCUUGUAAAGACAGCCGUGCGCAUUCCCUAUAUCCUGCCAAGUUUCAAGCGCCAGCCCGCAGACAACAAAAUCCAAGUUGCGUUGGUCGCGUUACUUGCUGCUGCCAUCACGCAUAAGUGAUGAUGUAAGUAAAAAGGAGUCGUGAGUGUUGAUGAUUCGAAGAGUUAAAAAUAAAAAAAAAAAGACAUGGAUGGAAAGAGAGCGAUAAAGCGGUCUGGAUGAGGAGCAGAAAAUGCCAUGAUUUGCAUCAUCUUACUCCUCGCGCGUGGAUAUGCAGUAGUCAGCAACCCAAGUGGUUCCCACUGUAGAGCCAGCACGUACAAGUGCUCCUGCUGGGUGUCGCAGAGGCAAGGCGCAUAGUCCUCAAUGAAGUUUAGUUGUCAUCGCCAGUCUUUAGCAGAGACAUAUUAAGCGCCAUCCUCGUCGUCAUCAUCCUUGUAGAAAUUCCUCAGUCCGGUUUCGACCUCCUCGUAGUCGGACUUGACCGCUGUGAGCGCUUUUUUUAUUUGGUCCAGGCACACCUUGACGUCGUUCUCUGGAGAACCAUCGAGGUUUUCUUGCUUGCCAUAUCUCUGGAUCUUUUCACAUCCAUCGCGAACCUUGACCAAGCCUAGUGUCGCGGAGGAACCUUUUAAGAAAUGCCCGAGUUCUGACAGUUUUUCGAGAUCUUCCUCGUCC